AUGAUCGCUGUUUGUCAACCGUAUCUACCGAAUAUAUGCAAAAAGCUCUCUCCCUUAUGCGCACUUCUAAUGGAAGAUAAACAAGCACCAUUCGCGAUCUGUUAUCUUUUCAUGCGUAGGGCUAAGAAACGCAACAAGAAAGGCGCCGCCCGCGGCCAUCGUGUGACGAUCUGA